CAGGAUACUGAAAUUAUUGGAGUUGCACCUUGCACCAGUUGCACCUUGCACCCAAGUGCACUUUCAGGGAUGUGUGAUUGAUUUCGAUUUUGUUGUUUGAACGCAGAUCAACGCAGAUCGAGGGGCAGUGAUAAGAGCCGAGUGAUGAAAAGAUAAUGAGGUUCAGCCUGUCGCAGUGAAGUCGGGACUGCUAAUAUAACCUGUACAACCUCGUCUGUGUGCGAAAUCGUGAUAGAUUUCAGCCGAUAGAAUGGCGGUCGGCUCGACGAAGGUUGUCCAGGUUACGAAUAUCGCGCCUCAGGCGACUAAAGACCAAAUGCAGACGCUUUUUGGAUAUCUUGGCAAAAUCGAGGACAUUAGGUUAUAUCCAACGAUCAGGGAUGUUGCCGUACCCGUACAGUCGCGCAUAUGCUAUAUCAAGUUUCAUGAUCAGGGUUGCGUUGCUGUAGCUCAGCACAUGACCAAUACUGUCUUCAUCGACCGUGCGCUGAUAGUGAUCCCGUACCAGAAUGGAGACAUUCCGGAUGAGCAGCGUGCUUUGGAGCUGACCAACAAUGGUACAGUUGUUCCAGGUCUCUAUCCAUCAGAACCAAAGCUGCCACCAAACGUAGUGAAUUCCGUUGAAGGUAUCCCUCCAAAUCAUGUCAUCAGCACGAUGGAUCCCAAGUUAGAGGAAAAUGGCCUGCCAUCCUAUCCACAUCUACCAGGUCAUCUGGAUAGCAGACGUAUCGAAGAGAUCCGUCGCACACUCGUAGUGGCAAAUUUGGAUGCAUUGGUGAGCCCUGAGCAGCUACUGGACUUCUUUGGCAACAACAAUGUGGAGAUCAAGUACCUGCGUAUGUGCAGCAGGGACUCGGACUCCGAGCAUUAUGCACUGGUAGAGCUGUCAGAACAGGCCGCUGUGAUUGCAGCGUUGUUACUGAACGGAAGGCAGCUGGCUGAACGACCGAUCAAAUUGUACCACUCCACGCAGGCAAUCGCUAAACCAGAAGCAAAGAGCAACGAGGCUGCACAGAAAGAGAUCGAAGAGGCAAUGUCGCGGGUGAAGGAGGCACACAAUCUCAUCUCCGCGGCAAUCGAUCCGAUGAUUGGCAUGCUUUCUAAGGAUAAGCGAAGCAGAAGUGGCUCGCGCAGCCGUAAGUCUCGUUCGCGAUCCCGCGGACGCAGUCGGCGUUCGAGAUCGCGUAAACGCUCGCGAUCACGCCAUCGACGCUCGCGCUCGCGUCACCGGCGCCGAUCACGCUCGCGUUCCAAACGUUCCAGAUCCAAAGAUCGCAGGCGUGGCUCACCAUCAAGACGACGCAGCAGUUCGCGCGGUCGCCAUCGCUCGCGUAGCAGAUCGAGAAGAUCGAGGUCACGUCGAUCACCAUCUAGAUCAAAGGAACGGAAGAAGAGAUCACCACGUCGUCGUAGUCGUUCACGUUCACGAAGCAAAGGUUCUACAUCCAGAUCUAGGCGUUCGCGUUCCAAAUCCAAGUCUAGAUCGUCCAAGUCCAAAUAUUCCUCGGAUAAAUCUAAGGAUAAAGAUCGGGAAAGACGUAGUAAGGACAAAUCGGACAACGGUAAGAGAAGCGAUAGCGAUCGAGAGAGACCCGAGAAGGAGAGCAGUAGAAGCGAGAAGAAAUCCAGCAAGGAGAAGCGGUCCAGCGAUAAAUCAGAAACCAAACAAUCGGACGACAAAGGUAGAUCGACAUCUGAAAACAAUGACAGCAAGGAGAAAACGACGGAAUCGGAAAGCUAAACGAAGACUUUAUUCACAACUGACAUAAUUUUUCAAGCUUGUCAAAAAAUUCAAGCUACCUGUCUAUCGCUAUGUAUUGAUACAGUAAGAAAUACAUGGAUACACGAUA